GGAAACGCUCCCAGCUGUUCCUACCUGCAGACCCGGAGCCACAAGGAGCCACAAGGAGCCACAUCUCAGAACUGACACAGGUUCUCCCAACAGGCUGAAGAAAUAGAAAUAUAUUUGAUUCUAAGGACUGUCCCGGCGAGCAGAGAUGGUUUGCGGCGGAUUCGUUUGCACCAAGAACGCACUCAGCGCUCUCAAUAUACUUUAUGUUUUGGUGAGCCUGCUGCUGAUUGGAGUGGCGGCCUGGGGGAAAUGGUUCGGCCUGGUCUCCAGCAUCAGAGUGGUGGCGGGGGUCAUCGGCGUGGGCACAUUCCUGUUCGUGGUUGCCUUUGUGGGGCUGUGUGGCGCUCUGAAGCACCACCAGGUCCUGCUCUUCUUCUACAUGAUGAUCCUGUUCCUAGUGUUUGUCGUGCAGUUUUCUGUGUCCUGUGCUUGUCUGGCCCUCAAUAAAGACCAACAGAACCAUCUGCUGGAGGUUGGAUGGAACAAAUCUGAAGAAACUCAAAAGGACGUAGAGAAAACACUUGACUGUUGUGGCUUCCAUUAUGUUAACUACAAUGGCACCUGUGCUGCUAGCUGCUUUCACAACACCUCUUCGCCGUCUUGUAACACUUGCUCAGACAUUAUCCAGCAGUAUGCUGGAGAGGUGCUGCAGUUUGUGGGUGGUAUCGGACUCUUCUUCAGUUUUACAGAGAUCCUUGGAGUUUGGCUCGCCCACAAAUACAGAAACCUCAAAGAUCCUCGUUCAAAUCCUGGAGCCUUUCUUUAACCACUCAUGCUUAAAUAAACCAAAACAAUGCACUAGUGAAUUAUUUUGUAUUUCCUUUUAACUUUGUAAAUCACACUUAUAUACAUACUAGUGUGACAGUAACACAAGCAGAGAAAAGAGUCUUUAAGACAGGAAACUUCCUCAGUAAUGUUGUGUAUACAGCUUUUCAUUGCUUAUGUGUUAUUUAAUCUAUCAAAAGUCUCACUUCGAUAUUUGCUGCUCAGUUACUUUCAUUGAAAUUAUGCAAUUUCAAAUACUGUGAACAUUAAUUGUGUUUCUUUAAAGGAAUAGUUUGACAUUUAGGAAAAUGAGCUUAUUCACUUUCUUGUUGAGAGUCUGAUGAGAAAAUUGAUACCACUCUCAUGUCUAUAGGGUAAAUUUAAUGCUGCAGCCAGUUAGCUUAGCUUAGCAUAAAGACUGGAAGCAGGGGGAACAGAUGGCCUGGCUCUGUCUACAGAUAACACAAUCAACCUGCCAGCACCUCAAAAGCUCACUAAUUAAAAUGUUAUAUCUUGUUUGCUUAAUCUGUAUAAAAACGGAAAUGUUUUUUAGGCUUAGGUUUAGGCCUAGUGACUUCCUGGAGACAACGUAUAACAUGAUGAUUAGUGCUUUAGAGGUUCUGGUAAAGUGGAUUUUGAAACCUUUGGACAGAGCCACGAUAGCUGAUGCUUCCAGUCUUAAUGCUAAGCUAAGUGACUCCUGGUGUUAAUAUUUAUCAUACAGAUAUGAGUGGUAUCAAUCUUCUCUGAUAUUUCUUGGCAAGAAAGCAAAUCAUUCCCAAAAUGUCAAACUACUCCUAAACCUGUAAGUCUCGCCUCUUUUAAUUCUAAUCAGUCUCAUAGUGACUGUGCUGCUGCUGUGUGUGCUCGCCAUACACACACCUUAUGCAAAUAAAGUGCAGGUUAGCACCCUGAUGGCUGAAUGACUGUACUCACCACUCCCAUACUAUCUAUUCAUGGGUGACCACACACAUUGGUGUGUUUUGCAGACAGUGGAUUUGGGUGUUGGAUGUCAUUAAAGCAGGAAAAGAUUGAGCUCAAACCGGUUGCAGACAUACUGUUAUCAAAACAGGUUUGUUUUUGUUUUUUAAUGUGUAUUUAGUGCUUUUUGUUUUUGAUUUAAAACGCAUCUGAACAUUAUGAAUUCAUACUGAGUCAUAUUGUCUGUGUCACAACUGUAGUCAUUUUCCCUAAUUGUCCAAAAUAAACAUGCACAGUUGCAGUA